AUGCCCCUCUCGACUGCCAACUUCACCACCACCGCAACCCAUGUCAUCCAAAGUGACCACUCGAUCUCCCUCCCCGAUCCGUAUAUGCUAGGACCCUUCGACCACCUCUACCACUUCGCAACCCCCGUCAACGCCGUGUGGAUCUACCAGUCCUCGCCCUCCGUCAACUUGAUCCCGGUCGAGCGACUACGCAAAGCCAUCAGGCGUUUCCUAGACUACUACCCCCACCUAACCGGCCGACUGCGCAUCGAUCCCGCGACCGGCGUCCGGUCCAUGACCCGACUCGGCACCGGGAUCCAUUUCUUCGAAGCCCACUGCGAUGCACCGCUGCGAUCCUUCGCCCGCAGCCCCUCAGCACCAGACACAGAACUCAGCGUAUUCGACUUCCCCAACGCAGGGAAUGCGCUGCUCGCGCCAUGGGACCCGACCCUCGAAGGCGCGCAGCGCGAUCCCAUCCUCACCAUCCAACGAACGGAGUUCGCAUGCUCCUCCGUAGCCCUGGGGGUGAGGAUCUCGCACGUCCUCUGCGGAGCCGGCAGCUUUCUGGGGCUAUACCAGGACCUAGCGGCGAUCUAUCGCGCCAUGGCCGACCCAGCCACAGCAGCCGGGAACAAGAUUGGGUUGACGUCGCCGCCGCACCACCCGCCAUUCAUGGUCUCCGAAAUGCUGCACAUGGGAGAUCACGAGCGACGACAGGCACUCGCCGACCCGCCCGCAGCCUACAACCCGAUCGUGGGACGAAGCUUACGCUUCUCGGCGGCAGCUGUGCUCAGUCUCAAAGCCCAGGCGGUCAACCCUGAUACACCCUGCGCCCGAGUGUCCGCGUUCACCGCAUUGGCAGCCCACAUCUGGCAGCGGGUGCAACGGGCUCGUCUGCUCGCCGAUACCAAUACCGAAGGGAAAACCAUGGGAUCCUCCGUCUUCGGCACCAGCGUGAACUUCCUCCCGCACCUCAGCCUGCCCGACCGAACCUUUGGAAACACGGUCGUAACCCCCGUGAUAGAGCUGGAGUCAACCGCGUUGACGCAGGCACCCCUCUGGCAGAUCGCGGGGCUCAUCAACGACCGCGUCCGACACGUCUCCCCGGCGGAGGUGCGUCAACUGGGGAGGUGGAUCGCCGCGCAGCCCGACACAUCGCGGAUCCAGCUGAACUUUCCCGUGAUGGCGGCGGCCCCGUUCAUCGCGACGGGGUGGCAUCGGUUUCCGCUGUACGCGGGCGCGGAGAUGGAUGGCGUGGCGCCUUCGCUGGCUAGUCCGGUGUUUAUGGACGCGUUGUUUGAUGGGAUGGUGUAUUUUGUUGAACCGAAGGUCAGGGAUGGAGGGGUGGAGGCGGUGGCUUCGCUGCGGAGGUCGAUCUGGGCGUGUUUGGAGCGGGAUGAGGGGUUUGGCGGUGCGUGGGAUGGGGUGUAG